AGGAAGGCGAGGCAGAAGCAGUCUAGGCUAGCUGCGCACCAUUGCCCGGAAAUCCCCAAAUCUCUCGAGAGUCGAGAGCCCCCGAAAUUCCCCGCCAGUUUAGCUGAUAGGCCCUCGCAGUAACCCGUAUUUGCAGACACCGCGACCUGCAUUAUUCCCUUUUUUUCAUCUUCUUCCUAUUAGUACAACCCGUGCGAUUAGCAUGUCUCUGCCCAAUGCCACCGCCUCGCCGCCGUCGCCGGAAACCUAGGCCGCCGGAGUCGGAGCUCCCGUCGUCGGCGGGGGAGGUGGAGGAUGCAGCUGCGGAUCUCGCCGAGCAUGCGCAGCAUCACCAUCUCGAGCAGCAAUGGCGUCGUCGACUCCAUGAAGGUGCGCGUUGCGCCGCAGCCGCCCCCGCCACUCGCGCUGCCGGGGGCGGGCGCGGGACGGCGCGGCGGCGGCGGCGGCGGAGGGGGCGCGGGCUGGUACUGCCGCGCGGUCGCCUUCCCGGCCGUGGUGGCGCUCGGCUGCCUCCUGCCCUUCGCCUUCAUCCUCGCCGCCGUGCCGGCGCUCGAGGCCGGCGGCAGCAAGUGCUCCUCUAUCGAUUGCUUGGGGAGGCGAAUAGGUCCUAGUUUGCUUGGUAGGCAUGGGGGUGAUUCUACAAGGCUGGUGCAAGAUCUGUACAGAAUUUUCGAUCAAGUUAACAAUGAGGAACCCACUUCUGAUAAAAAGUUACCAGAGUCAUUCAGGGAGUUUCUUUUGGAGAUGAAGGAUAACCAUUAUGAUGCUAGGACAUUUGCUGUCAGGUUGAAGGCUAUGAUGAAAAGCAUGAAUAAGGAGAUAAAGAGGUCAAGGUUGGCAGAACAGCUGUAUAAACAUUACGCUUCAACUGCUAUUCCCAAAGGAAUCCAUUGCCUGUCUCUGCGCCUUACUGAUGAAUACUCCUCAAAUGCUCACGCACGGAAACAAUUGCCGCCACCUGAACUUUUACCCUUGCUUUCUGAUAAUUCCUUCCAACAUUAUAUUCUAGCUAGUGAUAACAUCCUUGCAGCUUCAGUUGUUGUCAGCUCAACUGUACGGUCUUCCUCGGUACCUGAGAAAGUAGUUUUCCAUGUUAUCACUGAUAAGAAAACAUAUCCAGGAAUGCAUUCAUGGUUUGCUCUUAAUUCUAUAUCACCUGCAAUAGUUGAAGUGAAAGGCGUUCACCAGUUUGACUGGUUGACCAGAGAAAAUGUUCCAGUACUAGAGGCUAUAGAAAACCACCGCGGAGUCAGAAACCACUAUCACGGGGAUCAUGGAACAGUUUCCAGUGCAAGUGACAAUCCGAGGGUGCUAGCAUCAAAGCUACAAGCUCGAAGCCCCAAAUACAUAUCCCUGCUUAAUCAUCUCCGCAUUUAUUUGCCCGAGCUCUUUCCAAGUCUCAACAAGGUGGUUUUCCUUGAUGACGACAUUGUUGUUCAGCGUGAUUUGUCUCCUCUUUGGGAGAUUGAUCUUGAAGGGAAGGUGAAUGGGGCUGUGGAGACGUGCAGAGGCGAAGACAACUGGGUGAUGUCUAAGCGCUUCAGGACAUAUUUCAACUUCUCUCACCCUGUGAUAGAUCAAAGUCUUGACCCAGAUGAAUGUGCAUGGGCAUAUGGGAUGAAUAUCUUUGAUCUGGAAGCUUGGAAGAAGACAAACAUUAGGGAUACAUACCAUUUCUGGUUGAAGGAGAAUCUGAAAUCUGGUCUUACUCUCUGGAAAUUUGGUACUUUACCACCUGCCCUGAUAGCAUUCAGGGGUCAUGUCCAUGGUAUUGACCCAUCUUGGCACAUGCUUGGCUUAGGAUACCAAGAACGCACGGACAUUGAAAGUGUUAAGAGGGCUGCAGUGGUCCACUACAAUGGUCAGUGCAAGCCAUGGCUAGACAUUGCUUUCAAAAACCUACAACCCUUUUGGACGAAGCACGUAAAUUACUCCAAUGACUUCAUUAGAAACUGCCAUAUUUUGGAGCCCCAGUAUGACAGAUAGGGACUUUGGACAAAUGGUCUAGACACAAUGAGGGGUAAGAGCCCCAACAUUCAUUUGCUUGCUGGAGAGGCUGAUUGCUGUUGGAUAAUAUCGGUUGCGAGGAAAGCAAUCAUCACUGAACACAUCUCUCUGACUAUCCCCUGCAUCAACCGAGUUAGAAAUACCUCGAGACUUUUGAUCUGUAUCAUAUGGGUACAUGAUUCUUUUCAUCUGUAUCAUAUUGGUUCGUCAUUCUUUUGGAUAGUAUAGCUGCGAUGGAUAGCUUGGUGAAGUCUCUUCCUCUGGGAUUGGGCUAUCCUUUAUCGCGGAAUAACGCAGCCGGACGGGUUAGCAAGUGGAUCGUGGAUUGAUCACGGUGAAGAAAGGAGGCAGCUAUUAUGAGGUCGUGAGAGUCUAUAUGUUUUUUCCACCAUUUUUUUCUUCUCUUUUUGAUAUUCCCAGGUCAUUGAAAUUUUGUUCAGCUAGUUUUGUGAUUGAUUUGGUAGGCCCUGAGAAGAUUGUAGUAGAGAUACCAUUGCUGUGACCUACAGGAUGUUGAUACAAUUGACAUUGGAAAUGUGCAGAUAAAUUCUUUGGAAGGGUAUUUGUGAUGAAUAUCUGCAUUCAGCUGC